GGCAGGAAGUGGUUGCUGAAGCCCUGGUUGCCAUCUUGAGAGCUGCAAGGUGCCGGUGACAGUGAUAUAGAGGCCGGGCCCCGGGGCCAACGGAGGAGGUGAGGCCGGGAGAGGCCACCAUGUCCGAGACGUACGAUUUCCUGUUCAAAUUCCUUGUGAUCGGCAGUGCAGGAACGGGGAAGUCCUGCCUUUUGCACCAGUUUAUCGAGAGUAAAUUUAAACAAGACUCAAACCACACAAUUGGAGUGGAGUUUGGAUCACGGAUUGUUAAUGUAGCUGGAAAAUCUGUCAAGCUUCAGAUUUGGGACACAGCUGGUCAAGAGAGAUUCAGGUCUGUAACACGAAGCUAUUAUAGGGGGGCAGCUGGCGCCUUGCUGGUUUAUGACAUUGCUAGCCGGGAGACUUACAAUGCAUUAACCAACUGGCUUACAGAUGCCCGGACUUUGGCCAGCCCAAAUAUCGUUAUCAUCCUCUGCGGGAACAAGAAGGAUUUGGAUGCUGACAGAGAAGUAACAUUCCUGGAGGCAUCUCGUUUUGCGCAGGAAAAUGAAUUGAUGUUUUUAGAAACCAGUGCUUUGACUGGAGAGAAUGUGGAAGAAGCUUUCUUAAAAUGUGCCCGAACAAUAUUAAAUAAAAUAGAAUCAGGAGAACUUGAUCCUGAGAGGAUGGGUUCAGGAAUUCAGUACGGUGACACCUCACCGAGGCACGCAAAGCACACUCAUGGCGCACAACCUCAGAACAGGCAGCAGUGUAACUGUUAGAGGAAGAUUCAGAGACAUUUCUGCAUGUCCAGGCAGAUCCGUACUUGUCAUUCUAACUUCCACUGGAUCCCGUCAGCUGUCCCUGAUCCAAUUCUUGCACUUGUUCCAAAAACAGGGGACCCCCCGUCCAUCCCAUCGCUCACUUCCUGUGUUUAGCAGCCCAAUGUGAUGGUGUCUCUCCUGAUACGGCUCCUAACGCUCCUUUUAAAAAAAGAUUAUUAACCUAGAAAUCCCCCCCUAUAUCAUUCAGCGAGCUAAUGCCUUUGGUAGACUCGUGUUGGAUCAAGUCCUAUUCCCACAACGGUGCAGGAAUAGCAACUGAAAGAAUAUAAAACAAGAGAUAUAUAAGUAACUUAUAUGCAUAAUUAUGUAGAUAUUAAACCCCCCCACAUAAAUGACAUACACACAAUAUGGAGAUACCCAGAAAUACUGUAUGCACAUAUCCCUGGCAGAGUGUUAAUUUUGGCCAUAUACGGCAGCCACUAUGUUCAGUGUUGUUCUCCUAUCUAUAGCUUAAGAACUUUUUUUUUCUUUCUUAUUCCAGUAUCAUUUUUUUAACAUUUUUGUUAUAUAUAUUUUUUUCCAAUUUGUUUAAUGGAUGUGCUUAAUUCAUAUGAUUUGAUUACGGUUUGCAGUUCUGCCUCUUCCAGCGGACGUAAGCGCACACAUAAAAUCAGCUGCCUUGUAGACAUUACCUGACUGUAUUUUUUUCCUCUGUUAUGCACUAAAAUAUCUUUGGGGAGGGGGGAAAUUCUGCUUAUGUUUUUCUUUUUUGUCUUUAAAAAUAUAUUGUUUUUUUGUUGUUGUUUUUUUUAUUUGCUUUUUACAUUGUUUGUUAUGAUUAAACAGUGUCCCAGAAUUCAGCCUAAUAUACAUUUCAAAGAAAGCUAUGUAUUUAUAUAUACAUAUAUAUAAAUAUAAACAGAAUGUUUCACCCUGACAGUUCGCCGUAGUGUUUCCUGCGACGCAAGAAAGCAAAACCAAUCAUUCUGUUGUAUAUCUGUGUGUGUUAUAAAUUUGUUGUGUAUUAAAUUAAAGUUCUUUUUCCCCCA